AGAGAGCGCAAAGGGGGGGGGCGGAUUGAGGCCACCAUGGCCCAUUCGCCCGUAGCUGUGCAGGUGCCUGGCAUGCAGAACCACAGAGCAGACCCAGAGGAACUCUUCACAAAACUAGAGCGCAUUGGAAAAGGCUCGUUUGGAGAGGUUUUUAAAGGAAUUGAUAAUCGGACACAGCAAGUAGUGGCUAUUAAAAUCAUAGACCUUGAGGAGGCAGAAGAUGAAAUAGAAGACAUUCAGCAGGAGAUAACUGUGCUAAGCCAGUGUGACAGUCCUUAUGUAACAAAAUACUACGGCUCCUAUUUAAAGGGCACAAAGUUAUGGAUAAUAAUGGAAUAUUUAGGUGGGGGAUCAGCUCUGGAUCUUCUACGGGCUGGCCCAUUUGACGAGUUCCAGAUUGCUACAAUGCUGAAGGAAAUCUUGAAAGGUCUUGAUUAUCUACAUUCAGAGAAGAAAAUCCACAGAGAUAUUAAAGCUGCCAACGUGUUGUUGUCGGAGCAAGGGGAUGUCAAGCUUGCAGAUUUUGGGGUUGCUGGGCAACUUACAGAUACCCAGAUUAAGAGGAAUACCUUCGUAGGCACACCAUUUUGGAUGGCCCCCGAAGUCAUUCAGCAGUCGGCCUAUGACUCAAAAGCUGAUAUUUGGUCUUUGGGAAUCACCGCAAUCGAACUAGCCAAAGGAGAGCCACCCAACUCAGACAUGCAUCCAAUGCGAGUUCUGUUUCUCAUUCCCAAAAACAAUCCUCCAACCCUAAUAGGAGAGUUCAGCAAACCCUUUAAAGAGUUUAUUGAUGCAUGUCUGAAUAAGGACCCAACAUUUCGUCCUACAGCAAAAGAACUCCUAAAGCACAAAUUCAUUCUGAAAAAUGCCAAGAAGACCUCUUACCUGACAGAACUUAUUGAUAGGUUCAAGAGAUGGAAAGCGGAAGGACACAGUAGUGAUGAAACAGAUUCUGAUGGUUCUGAUUCGGAGUCUAGCAACAAGGAGAAUAAUUCUCACCCAGAGUGGAGUUUUACUACAGUUCGGAAGAAACCAGAUGCCAAGAAACUGCAGAAUGGAACAGACCAAGAUCUUAUGAAAACCCUGAGCUGUUUAACAAUGAUAAUCACACCUGUGUUUGCUGAGCUUAAACAGCAGGACACCAAUAAUGCUAACAAAAAGAAAGCAAUUGAAGAACUUGAAAAAAGCAUCAAUAUGGCAGAAGCUGCAUGUCCGGGGAUCACAGAUAAGAUGGUGAAGAAACUUAUGGAGAAAUUUCAGAAGUUUUCUGUUAAUGACUCCUAAAGAAACUUUGUCACUGAUUGCUGUUCCACACGGACCCAGUAUAGCCCACCAAAACCUACUAUAAGCUUGGCAAUGCUUUUGCUCAUGAGCUCCUUGUGCCUUUUUGGAUCAUUGCGACAUAUUUAAUGAUCGGGGAUUUGAAAGGACUUACCUCCACUCUUUUGUGAUGGGUAUACCUGCUUUUUUUGUAUUUCCAGGACAUUCUUUUUGUAAAGAGCAACUUUUAAUAUUGUAGUUUUCACCUGUUUAAUCCAAUUUAAAAAACGGUGAGGCGCAGUUUUUGCUUCUAGAUCUAACCAGGGGCUACCAGUUGCCAAUCUCAGUGUGCAGAAUCUUGGGUGUACCUGUUGCUUCAGAUAUCACGGACUGCACCCCUUUUACUUGAGUUCAUAGGAAGUACAUAUGCAGCAAUGUUUUGUUACUCUCCAAAGAAGGGGAUUUUCCAGUCUUACUAUUAUUAUUAUCAUCAUUAUUUGGUAUGCAUAAGUUAUAGCUUUUUCUGAGUCACUAAAAUUAGACUUUAAGAAUAGCUUUUCACAGGAAUAUAUGUGAGAGCACCUUAGACUGUAGGAUGUUGCUGUAGCACCUGCUUGAACACCGUAGUCUCUC